CGUCACAGAACCGCGACUUGAGGAUAGCCGUUUCAGGAUCAGCGUAGUCUUCCAGGGUUCUUACCUCAUUAACCAUGUGAACAUGUGAAAUCUGACCCAGAGUCAGGGACAGAGUAAAGUUUUCUGCGCCGCCUCUUCUCUCCACGUGUGUCCUGAACUGGACAAGUUUUUUGGUAGCACGGAAAAUAACAUUAUCUUUCCUCAUCAAAUAUCAUGGAAGAGGUUCCCGCAGAUGUGCGUUCAUUCAUAAAGGACCAUCCAUUUUUACAACUGACAGAGGCUAAAAAGGUUAAAUGCGCGUUAAAUGGUCACGAGUUUCCCUGUAACCUAAAAGAACUCCAGAGCUUCACAUCUGGGAAGAAGUACGAAAAGCUAAGCGCAGUUGCCCAGUUCAACUACAGUCAAUACGAGCCACACGUGGUGCCAAGCACCAAACAACCAAAUCACCUUUUCUGCAAGCUUACCUUGCGGCACAUCAACCGCCUGCCACACCAUGUUUUGCGUCAUGUCAACGGGAAACGGUACCAACGUGCAUUGCAGAAAUAUGAGGAGUGCGUCCGACAGGGCGUGGCCUUUGUACCCGUCAGCCUGCAGCAGAAGAAGCCUAGGGGGGGAGGGGGGGAGGGGGAGCGGGGUCGCGACUCCAAGCGGGGAAAUGGCUUCUGGGAGCCCACCUCCAGCGACGGGGAGGACGGAGACUCUGAUGACAGCAUGAGUGACCUUUAUCCUUCCACCGUAUUCACUUUGAAGGGGCCGCAGCAUGGAGAGGAGGGGAUGGCAGAGGCGGGCGGGAGUGACAGCUUUCAGACCGACAGUGACGACGAGGAGGCCAGCCCUAUGGAGGUCGACAAACAGGCACCACACAAGCGCAGAAAGACACAGCCAGCUGCAUUUAAGAAGAGAUUCAAGAGUCACAAUAAGAAGAAAAUGGGGUUUAAGAAAGGUGGAACAGUACAAAAUGGAAAGUAAUAAAACAUUCUCUUGGGCAUUA